AUGACCGACUCAUAUACUCCCAAGCCAGGCUACUCUUACUUUUGUCCAUGUGGACAACUCUUCCUUACGCUUCUGGUCCCUCUUACAACCCUUCCAGAACGACAACUCGACCAUACAUUUGUUGUUGAUGAAUCUCUUCCUCAUAUUGCACAUUUUCUUACAGGAACCCGAUAUUAUAUUAUAAGAUAUGAUGGUGGAUACGAACAAAGAAUUGCUUUAUUAUGUCGUCGCUGUUCUGUAGAGUGCGCCUAUGCUCUACAGACUGCACCGGGAUACCUAUAUCUAAACCCUACCCUAUUUGAAGAAAGGACAGUCACAGUUUCGGUUUGA